UGAAGCUACUUAUUGAUAUUAGUAGUCCUUCAGAAACGAUGAAAGGUUUAUGGUUGAACUGUCCGUUCGCGUGGUUCUCCUGCGCAUAGUCCGAAAGUAAAAAGAUGACACCCGAUCCAAGUCAACCUACUUUACUGCUAUCUCCAGGUGUUUUAGGCAAUAUCAUACUGAAGAGAUAUCUCGGAUCGCGCCAGAGUUCCCGAUACAGAUUUGAAGUGAGACAGCCUGAGCCUCAAAAAAAUAGCCGGCGGUUGGUGGGGCGCACCGCAGGUCAUUGGAGCAAAUGUGUAUACUUACUUCUCAGGUGAUGCCACAACACUCAAUGCCUUAAGCGACACAAUCUCUGCUCUCUCGACGGAAGAUUUUUUCCAACCCGACUUACAGCAACACUGGUGUAGCCUCGUUCACAGGAACCGUUCGCUGUUGUCUCAAACAUGUCUCGGAGAUGUGGCGGUGCCAGCCCGCCGAGGCCCGCUUUCAUUGGUCCGUGCCUUUCUGUCGUUCUGUGUGAGGUUAGCCACCCGGCAGGUGACGCUGUGGCUCGAAGCGCGGAGAAGAGACAACUCGUGCGAUUCAUCAAUCCGAUCUCUUCCUCGAAUUCGCAAGGUUUAUUCUAGCCGGGGGAGCAUAUUCCUUUAUAUCACGCACUGCAAAGUAGUCAGUCCACGGCCUGCAAUGAGGGUACCGCAUCCCCGGUUGUUCGUUUACUAGAAUCACAACCCCUCGUUUGGUCUCCGACCACAUCUCCGUGAACAUGGCGGAGGACCACCCAGCGCUGCAGUCCGCUCUGCGAGACUUGGAUAGGGAAUAUGAGGAGGGCGAUAUCACAGAGAAAGGUUAUCAGAAACGGCGCACCCUUCUCCUGUCGCAGUACCUUGGCUCCGAAGCUCUGGGAUUCGCGAACAGCCCGCCCGGUACUUCUCAAUCCCACCUGCAGUCUAUGACCAGCUCUGUCAGAACUCCACCAGCUAUCCUCAGCAUUCGGCCACCGACCGCGGACUCUUCAGGUCCAUCCCAUUCUUUCACCACCGGCGGGCCAUCACAUUCCUUUACUGCAACCAGCGGACACGAUACUGCAUACAGCCGCGGAAGUUUUGGAUAUGAGCCAAAUGUGGGCAAUGAUGGACUGUCGCCAUUCAAUGGAGAUGGCGCAUCGGCAUCUCAUCAUGGCCGAGGACCUUCGGCGUCCUCAUACGAUUCACUUUUCCUUCCGAAACCUACUCCAGCACUUCCCCUACAAGAAGAUUCGAGGACUGCCACUUUGAUGAGCCAAAAUUAUGUUUUCAGCCCCGCUGGCCCUCAUGGCCAGUAUGACGAAGCGCCCACGGGCUUUGAUAUGGCACCGCCGGAGAUUUCACGGCAGUCGACAAUGCUAGAAUCCCAACAAGGGUAUUUCUCUGACUUUGCAGGACAGCAGCAGGAGGAUUACAGGGACAGCUAUGGUGGCGGAUUCCACCGCUAUUCGCAAUCUGAUGCGUUCUCGCCAACUGCCGCCAUGGCACCACCGCUUAUCCCCGCCUCUGAACUUCCACAUGGCCCAACAGUCGAGCACUUAUUACCCCUUGAACCCCGCGAUAUUCCGUUUGCAGUCCACGACCCUCAUGAUAAAAACACACCAAUGUCGAACUUUGACAACAUUCCUACUGUCCUUAGGCAUCGGGCACGGACUAGUGGGAAACAGCCAGCCUACUGGGUUUUGGACCAAAAAGGCAAGGAGAUCGCGUCUAUAACAUGGGAGAAACUUGCCAGCCGAGCAGAAAAGGUUGCUCAGGUCAUCCGUGAUAAGAGUAAUCUCUAUCGCGGAGAUCGAGUAGCAUUGGUUUAUCGCGAUUCUGAAAUCAUAGAGUUCGCUGUGGCACUUAUGGGUUGUUUCAUCGCUGGAGUCGUUGCUGUCCCUAUCAACAGCCUUGAAGAUUACCAGAGUCUGAACCUUGUUUUGACUUCGACACAAGCGCAUCUUGCACUGACGACAGAGAACAAUCUCAAGAACUUCCAGAGGGACAUCACCACUCAGAAGCUCAACUGGCCCAGAGGAGUGGAGUGGUGGAAGACAAACGAAUUCGGAAGCUAUCAUCCGAAGAAAAAGGACGAUACUCCCCCGCUUGUCGUGCCAGACCUGGCUUUCAUCGAGUUCUCGCGCGCUCCGACUGGAGAUCUCCGUGGUGUCGUUAUGAGCCACCGGACAAUAAUGCAUCAGAUGGCUUGUCUGAGUGCGAUGUUUGCAACUGUGCCGUCGUCUGCGAAACCGCAUUCACGCGGAGAAACUAUCAUCAGUUAUCUAGACCCUAGACAGGGCAUUGGUAUGAUUUUGGGUGUGCUUUUGACUGUAUAUGGCGGCCAUACAACCGUAUGGAUGGAGGAUCGAGCAGUGGAGACUCCAGGUCUUUAUGCUCACUUGGUCACGAAAUACCGGGCAACCGUUAUGGCUGCGGACUAUCCUGGACUGAAGAUCACCGCUUACAACUACCAACAAGAUCCUAUGGCCACUCGACACUUCAAAAAGAACAUGGAACCUAAUUUCGUGAGCGUCAAGCUUUGUCUUAUCGAUACCCUUACUGUCGACUCGGAGUUCCACGAAAUACUUGCAGAUAGAUGGCUUCGACCGAUGAGGAAUCCAAGAGCGCGAGAAAUCGUUGCGCCAAUGCUUUGUUUGCCAGAACAUGGCGGCAUGGUGAUCAGCGUGAGGGAUUGGCUUGGCGGGGAAGAGAGGAUGGGCUGUCCCUUGACACAUGAAAUGGACCCCGUUGUACAAGAGGAGGUCAAGAUCGAAGAGAAGAAAGACAAGUCCGAGAAUAGCGGAUUCGGAAGUAGUCUGCUCGGAGGUGGCUCCUCUGCUCCAGCUCCUCAGGAGCAAGGGCAGGGCGGACUCAAUGAGGUUCUUCUCGAUAAAGAAGCUUUGAAAAACAACGAGGUUGUCGUGCUGGCCAUGGGCGAGGACGUCAAAAAGCUUGCCGGAAGUAUACCCAAUGCUGUCCGUGUGGGUGCCUUUGGCUACCCUCUUCCUGAUGCUACACUUGCGAUUGUCGAUCCUGAAACCAACCUACUGUGUACCUCGAAUGUGGUGGGCGAGAUUUGGGUCGACUCGCCAUCUCUCUCCGGUGGCUUUUGGGCUUUACCAAAGCACACGGAGGCCAUUUUCCACGCGCGGCCUUAUAAAUUCGAGGAGGGCAAUCCAACACCUAUCCUGGUGGAGCCGGAGUUUCUCAGAACCGGUCUACUCGGUUGUGUAAUCGAAGGCAAGAUUUUCGUGUUAGGUCUGUAUGAGGAUCGAAUCCGCCAAAAGGUUGAAUGGGUCGAGCAUGGACAACAGGCAACGGAGCACCGCUACUUCUUCGUCCAACAUCUGGUCGUCAGCACUUUGAAAAAUAUUCCCAAGAUUCAUGACUGCACGGCCUUUGACGUGUUUGUCAACGAAGAGCACCUUCCGAUCGUCGUUCUAGAGUCGUAUGCGGCCUCGACAGCACCAACGACGUCGGGAGGUCCGCCACGGCAACUAGACUCGGCCCUCCUCGAAUCUCUUUCAGAAAGGUGUAUGGAAGUCCUAUACCAGGAACAUCAUCUGAGAGUCUUCUGCGUAAUGCUAACGGCGCCCAACACACUCCCUCGUGUGAUCAAGAAUGGAAGACAAGAAAUCGGUAACAUGUUAUGCCGAAAAGAUUUUGACGCAGGGACCCUCCCCUGUGUACAUGUCAAGUUUGGUGUCGGGCGGUCGGUGAUGAACCUUCCCAUUGGUGUUGAUCCCGUCGGUGGUAUUUGGUCUCCUUUGGCUUUGGAGAGCAGACAGGACAUGUUGGAGCAAUUGGAGAAGCAAUACUCUGGCGUCGACUACCGAGAUGUGGUCAUGGAUGACCGCACUUCUACGCCACUCAACAAUUUCAAAACCAUCGUCGAUCUGCUACACUGGCGGGUGUCGCGCCAGGCUGAGGAACUAGCCUACUGUUCUAUCGAUGGCCGCGGCAAGGAGGGAAAAGGAAUUACCUGGAAAAAGUUCGACCAGAAGGUGGCUGCUGUCGCCAUAUACUUGAAGAACAAGGUUAAGCUCCGGCCGGGCGACCAUGUGAUCCUAAUGUAUACCCACUCAGAAGAGUAUGUGUACGCGGUUCAUGCCUGCUUCUGUCUGGGCGUGGUUGCUAUUCCCGUUGCCCCUAUUGACCAGAAUCGUCUUUCCGAGGAUGCUCCUGCCUUCCUCCACGUCAUCAGUGACUUCCAUAUCAAGGCCAUCAUUGUCAACAGCGAUGUCGACCAUGUGAUGCGACAGAAACUGGUUUCACAACAUAUCAAACAGUCCGCGCAAGUUCUUCGUAUCGGUGUUCCAGCCAUCUACAACACAACCAAGCCCUCGAAGCAGUCUCACGGCUGCAAGGAGCUUGGUCUGACCGUGAAGGACGCGUGGCUGCAAGGAAACCAGCCGGCCAUGGUCUGGACAUACUGGACGCCAGAUCAGCGCAGAAUAUCUGUCUCAAUCGGCCACGACACCAUCAUGGGCAUGUGCAAGGUGCAGAAGGAGACGUGCCAGAUGACUAGCUCUCGGCCAGUGCUUGGCAGCGUCCGCAGUACUCUAGGUCUUGGAUUUCUCCAUACCUGCCUGAUGGGAGUUUAUGUUGGCGCUCCAACGUAUCUAGUCUCGCCUGUCGACUUUGCUCAGAACCCCAUGACACUCUUCCUUGCUCUAUCUCGGUACAAGAUCAAGGAUACGUAUGCUACCAGUCAAAUGUUGGAUUAUGCCAUCAGCUCCAUGCCUGGCAAGGGUUUCCAGCUUCAGGAACUCAAGAAUCUGAUGAUUUCCGCCGAAGGCCGACCACGUGUUGAUAUUUGUGAGUCUUUUCUCGUUUGUUCUGGUUUGUUAGACUAAUGAUUUGCAGACCAAAAAGUGCGCUUGCAUUUUGCAGGAGCCAAUCUGGACCGAACCGCUAUCAACGUAGUGUACUCCCACGUCCUCAACCCUAUGGUGGUCACCAGGUCGUACAUGUGUAUCGACCCCGUUGAAAUCUGGCUGGAUCUUCGCGCUUUGCGCCGUGGGUUUAUCAUGCCCGUGGAUCCUGAUACAGACCCUACGGCUCUCGCUUUACAGGACUCUGGAAUGGUACCUGUGAACACACAAAUCGCCAUUGUGAACCCAGAAACAUGUACUCUCUCGCAGGUGGGUGAGUACGGAGAGAUCUGGAUCCAGUCUGAUGCCUGCGCCAAGUCGUUCUAUGGCUCCAAGCAAGAUUUCGAUCUGGAGCGGUUCAACGGCCGGAUUGUCGAUGGCGAUCCGAAUGCCUCCUUCGUGCGCACUGGCGAUCUUGGAUUCCUGCACACAGUCACUCGGCCAAUUGGUCCAGGCGGUCAGCCAGUCGAGAUGCAGGUACUCUUCGUCCUUGGAGGAAUUGGAGAGACCUUUGAAGUCAACGGCCUGAAUCAUUUCCCCAUGGAUAUUGAGAGCUCCGUUGAGAGGUGUCACCGCAACAUUGUGACCGGCGGAUGGUAAGUGCGAUUCAUUCUCUAAUAGGCUGGUUUACUAACCUCCUGCAGUGCCGUAUUCCAAGCCGGCGGCAUGAUUGUGGUGGUAGUCGAAGUAACGCGAAAGGCCUACCUCGCCUCCCUCGUCCCCGUCAUCGUCAACGCCAUCCUCAACGAGCACCAAGUCGUCGCCGACAUCGUCGCUUUCGUCUCCCACGGCGACUUCCCGCGCUCUAGACUCGGCGAGAAGCAGCGCGGCAAAGUCCUCGCCUCAUGGGUAACCCGAAAACUGCGCACAAUCGCACAAUUCAGCAUCCGCGAGAUGGAAGGCGGGGCCUUCGGUGGCACCGCGCCCCAGCACCGCAUCAGCAAGAGCUCCAAGGCCGGAAGCAUUAUGGGCGGCAGCGCGCGACGAUCAACGCUCAUCCCGGAGGACCCCGUGCCUCGCUCUCCGGCCGCAGCGCCUGCAGCUCUAAUGGAGAACCCGGCCGAGUCAUUGACCCUCGUCAACAGCUCUGCCGCAACGACCAUCCCAGAAAUCCCACACAUCGCGGAGCCAGCAUCGAGCGCGGACAUUUCUUACGACAGCAACGGGAACCCCUUCCUACCAGACCAUGACAUCACACCUUCUGCAGGCAGCGGCCACGGCCGCGAUCUAAGCUUCGAUUUUGGUGACUUUGGUCACGCAUCUACAGGACCCGUCUCGCAGCCUGGUAUCCCGGCCUUAGCGGGACCGGAGACAACGCUCCCCUACCGCGACUACAUACCGCAGCAACAGCAGCAGCAGCAGCAGCAACCGUACCCGCACCCGCAAGAGCACGAGUACUAUUCAGGCCAGCAGGAGUACCAACAGUACCAACCGCAGUACCAGCCCCGUUCGGACUCUUACAAUGCCAAGCCUCCCUCUGGGCCGGGAACGUACGACGAUGCGGGUGACUGGCCUCAGGAGGCGCUCAUGUACCAGUCUGCGUUCGGGGAGGAGAAUCGCGGGCAGGAUGGUGCGCGCAGGAAUCUGCUUUGAUCUUACCAUGCUCUGCCAUGUCAUCUCGUGCCAGAUCUUACACGCAUAUUGUCUUGGGUAUCGCCUGACCUAGCCCUACUUUGACCGACUACGUACUCGCUGCUUGCAUAGCCUGAUGAAUUCGAUCUCGAACUCCCCGCAUUAGCCCUUGAAUUGCUUGAAAAUUGAUCACGUUGCAUUCUCACUACCCCUGUCCUCCCCCAUUCUUGUCCUGUACAUACAUACCCCCGUCGAUACACAUGUUCAUACACCAUUACCCACUCAUCACUCCAAGUUCCAGCUUCUCAUGCUGCAGCCUUUAACUAAGCUACUUCUCCACAUACUUGAUGUUCGGUUGCGCAGGCGUGCUCAUCCCAUUCCCAAGGUAGUAAUCCAAGCUGUGCGACUGCAUGUAACCGUGGAGCGUCAUCGAGUUGCGAUACGCGGGGUUAUGCGCGAGAGUGUACAACCUGAUAUCCGAGGGCUGGUCCGUGGUGAAGAUGACGAGCUCCGUGUAAUCGUCGUUGGUCACAACAACCUCCUCGCGCCAGUCGCCCAGGAUGUCUCCGAGGAACCCGGGGUUGUAGUUGUUCGGGUUCUUUGCGCCGUAGGUACUUACCCUGAAGAAGCGCGGCAGAGACGUAGAGGUCGUCGGGUUCUCCCAAUCCCACUUCUCGAACUUUCCGUCGUUGUACAACUCCAUCAACUCGUCCCCGUCCCAGAAGAGGCCCAUCUGCGGCCAGGGGGCAAGCUCGGGGUCGUCCGUUGUUGUCUCAUUUGAAGCCGCGUUGUAGAUUCCCUGGAAUGACCAUACUUCAUAUCCGGGGUGCGUGGGAUCGAUAUCACCUGCGAGGCCACGGCCCACGUCACCGACCUCAGUGCCGAAAUGCUCCCAGAGCAACGUGCCGUCCGCAGCAUCAUAGUAGUACUCCAUCAGAAGAUCCUCGUUAUCCUGCUGGAUGCCAUAGCCCUGCAAGCCCUCUCUUUCAGGGUCCAACUUCCCAAUGUAAUACCGGUCUCCAUGCACGACGAUGUCGGGCAUAGUGUACAGGUUGGUCCCGUCGGGUCCGUUGAGUACGAAGCCGAUCUCAACCACGUCGUCGUACCCGUCGCCGUUGACGUCGAGGAUACGGGUGUUGUGUCCGUCUGGGCCGACGAGGUCGUCGCCAAGGGAGAUCCAUUCUUCGGUGACAGCGGUGCCAUCAAAAGUCCAUGCUCCAAUCACGCGGUUGAAGGCUCCGCCAUCUUGGCGGUUCUUCAUGAAUGCGACGAGAUGUGGCCGCAGUCCGUCUAGAUAUCCGACUCCAAAUCGGGCGGCGAGUGGGCCGUCCUCGAUGAAGUCCGUUGGGAUGGGGCUUGUUCCCUUGAGGCUUCCGGUCUGGCCAUCAAGGAUCGCAACCCACUGUUCGUCAUCGUUGUCGUUCUCAAAGACCUCGCCGUCCCCAAACACAACUCCGUUCGCAAUCCGCACGGCAACCUCAGCAUACCCGUCACUGUCGAAAUCAAACACAGUUACACCGUCCCAGUUCCCGACAGAAAUCGCGGUUGAGCCAGGCUCAAUGUUGUUUUGGUUUUCGCUAUUGGGUCCGUACUGCAGCUCCCACAAAAACGUUCCAUUCGACGUGUACGCCUCGAGACUCUGCUGCGUGUUGAUCCGAUCGAUGACGAAAUCAUAUUCCCCGUCGCCAUCAAGAUCGCCCACCCAGACAAACUUGAACGGCCCUGAAUCGCGAAUUGGGAUACGGAUGGCGGGCUCGACGGUGUUAUCGGCUGGGAGCGUGAAAGUGCCGCUAGCUUCUUGUUCUUCGUCGUCGAGAAUGGGGCGCACGAAGUAGGUAUUGGCUUGCGAGGGGUCUGCAGUGCUGUCAAGGUAGUUUGUUCCGGUGCUUGAGGUCAGUGGCUCAUCGUUCAGGAGCUCGGCCUCGCCAUUGUCUCCGGUGGAGCGGUAGACGUUGAAAGCGAUAUCUUCGGGGUCGAGACCUAGCAGGCGCCAGGUUACGAGUAUGUCUUCGUCGCUUGCGCGGACGGCAACGACACCUCGGCCAAGGUUUUCGACUGGGCGUGGAUCGAGAGCAAUGGCUCCCCUGAGGAGAAGAGCUCCUGCCAGGCUCAGAGCAUAGAGGAAUCGCAUGUUGGAAUGUGUAGCUCAGAUGAGCGAAUGCAGAACCUCUCCUGUGGAUGAUUUCGUUUCUGCCUUUCUUGUUUUCGUGUCCUGAUGUCCUCAUAGGAACAGUCAGGCAGUCCUCCUUUAUAUAUCCCAAUACCAGCAUACGGACCUCAGCCUCCUUCCCCAGACUCCUGCUUCCUGCAAACAGAAUCCUCUCCGCUUAAUCCUCCGCAAUAUGCCCGCUCGACCGCUCCCUCCAACUGGAGGAAAAUCUGAGAGAGCUCAGCCCCUAAGCGCCUGUACGUCAUGGUGUGGUCCGGGGUAAUAUCUUCAAGACGAUCAGUCCCUGUUCCGGUUCGAAAAUCGGAGGUCGGAGUCGGUGGCUCGGGGGACGGGGGGAGUAGAGGUGAGACAGCAAUGUGGUUGUAUAGAUUUUCUUCUUGGCGAUGCGGAGAACAAGGCGUCAUCUCUUUGCGGAGAUGGAGUACCUUGGGUCUACUCCGUAGCGGAGAUAAAUGGAUCGCAUGAUCUUUUCUGAAGACAUUUUUGAGAGGAAGCUGGAUAUCGAUCAAGCUGUCUUCAUGAUGAGUAUACUAUUCUGGAGUGAUGGCAAAGUGGAAGGAACGCCAAGUCAAAGAUGAAACUAUGAAGGAUGUCAAGUCUCGGAGGAUCAGAG